AUGGCUCAACGCGUGGCUGUGAUUGGAGGGGGAAGCUCUGGACUGACCUGCAUUAAGUGCUGCUUGGAUGAGGGGCUGGAGCCCGUGUGCUUUGAGAGCAGUGAUGACAUCGGUGGACUCUGGAGGUUUAAGGAGAAUCCUGAGCCAGACAGGGCAAGCAUUUACCAUUCAGUGAUCAUCAACACCUCAAAGGAGAUGAUGUGCUACAGUGACUUCCCCAUCCCAGGCCAUUUCCCAAACUUCAUGCACAACUCAUACAUCAUGGACUACUACCGUAUGUAUGCUGAGCACUUCAAGCUCACAUGCUACAUUCGCUUCCAGACAAAAGUCCUUCGAGUCAUUCCAAGACCAGACUUUGCUCAUUCUGGUCAGUGGGACAUAGAGACAGAGGACAAAGAAGGGAACAGAGAGAAACAUGUAUUUGAUGCAGUGCUGGUCUGCACUGGACACCACUGUCACCCCCACCUCCCUCUGAAAGACUUUCCAGGUAUAGAUACAUUCAAGGGGAAAUAUUUACAUAGUCGAGACUAUAAGACUCCAGAGGAAUGGCGUAACAAGAGAGUGGUUGUGAUUGGAAUCGGCAAUUCAGGAGGUGACAUCGCUGUGGAGCUUAGCAGGAUGACCAAGCAGGUUUUUCUGAGCACUAGGAGGGGUUCCUGGAUUCUGAAUCGUGUGGGGCCUAACGGUGUUCCCAUAGACAUGUUCUUUAACAGGGCAUCUCAAAUGAUGCGGCAUAUUUUGCCCUUAAGCGUUAUCAGCAGCCUGGGAGAGAAGAGGCUCAAUCAGAGGUUCAACCAUGCACUAUUCGGGUUGCAGCCAAAACACAGGCUGACAAGCCAGCACCCCAUGGUGAAUGACGAACUGCCCAACCGCAUUCUCUCGGGCACCGUCCUAGUCAAGCCCAAUGUGUGUGAGUUCCGUGGCUCCAGUGUGAUCUUUGAGGACGGUACUGUCGAGGACAACAUUGACCUGGUGGUGUUUGCCACAGGCUACACUUUCUCUUUCCCCUUUCUGCCCGAUCAUGUUAUAUCGGUAACCGGGAACAAGACGUCCCUGUAUAAGCACAUAUUCCCUCCAGGCCUUGAGAGGUCAACUCUGGCUGUGAUUGGCCUCAUCCAGCCUCUAGGAGCCAUCAUGCCCAUCUCUGAGAUGCAAGCUCGCUGGGCCACACGGGUCUUUAAAGGACUUCUAAAGCUUCCAUCAAUGAAAACAAUGCUGAAAGACAUCAAGGCAAAGGAAGAGACCAUGGCCAAAAGGUAUGUGGCCUCCCAGAGACACACCAUCCAGGUAGACUAUCUCCCCUACAUGGAUGAGCUGGCUAUGCAAGUGGGUGUACGUCCUAACCUCCUUUGGCUGUUCUUAACGGAUCCUAUUCUGGGUUGGAGGGUUAUGUUUGGUCCCACCACCCCGUAUCAGUACCGGCUGCAUGGGCCAGGCCGCUGGGAGAGGGCUCGUCAGGCUAUCUACACCCAGUGGGAGCGUGUGGCCCAGCCCAUGAAGACACGUAGUGUCCCUAUGCAGGAGUCACACCAUUCUUCUCUUCCUCUCCUCCUGUCCAUGUCUGCUGCUGCUCUGCUCUCAGCUGUCUACUACGCCAGGGCCAGCCUCACUGGCAUCCUCCCAGAUAUCUCAUCCCACCUGGACAGGGUAACAGCUUAUCUGCCACAACUAUCAAGGCAGUGACCACUUAACCUGUCUUGAAACUCCUCAGAGAGAGCUGAUUGCUCUCCUGUAGAAGCAGUAUAUGGAGGAAGGCUGCUAGGUAGAGUAAAAGCAGGGUGCUGCUAGCUGGAGAAAUGACAUAAUAUUUUAAUUACUUUUAACACUUCCAGUUAAAACCCUUAAAGUUAUUGGUUUUAUAAAGACAUGUAGUUUUCAUAAAUAUCUUAGAGUUUUGAUCAUCUUCUUUCCAAAUAUAGCUAUUGGAGAUUGAUCCUAUUCAACCCCAGAGUAUGCAGAAUUCUAGAUGUAUCUUCAUUCCCCGUCUACUAUGUUCCACUGAAACUCUUAUUGUGUUUUCAAAGUAUAGUAUUGUUGUACAUUAACUGUUUCAUUUAGACACAAGCCAAAGCCACCUACACUGUAGCCUACUCAUAUAAAAUGAGCAAUCUGAAGGGCUAAUUCUGAUUUAAUCAUGCUGCUUUUUUUAGUAAUUAAAUCUGAUCACUCUCAUUAUCACAUAAAGGAGAGUAGAUAUUUGCAAAAGGUGUGUUAGCUUAUGACAAUUUAUAAAAUCUUUUGGCACUAUGAAAAUCAUUUCAGUUUAAUUAAUAUGAAAAUUAUUUCAUUUUAAAGACACUGUUUUGCAAGUAGUAUAAUCAGUAACUUCAUGAUUUACCAAGAAGUGACUUCAUUCAACAUUUAAUGAAAAAAAGAUUCAUUUUACUGGUGAGUUGUUGUGUUUUUUUUUUUUUUUUUUUUUGUGUGAUGGAAUUUGCAAGCAGUUGUCAUGUGGUCUUAAUACAACAUGAUUCUUGUUCUUUGUAGUGAAAAACUAAAAGUCCUGAAACAUUUCAUUAAAUAAUACUGUACUGCCUUAAUUAUGCAUUAAAUAAUUCCUGGUUAAUUGUAUGUUUCUAAUGUAUGUAAAAACUUAAAAAUAAAAAAGGAUUUGACCAGA